CUCCAGAGUAGCACCUUCCAGAUGUUCGAAGCUGUCUUUUGAGACCUUAAAUGUGUCCUGCCUGAACAGGUAUCGAUGUCUGCCUGAAAUACGCAAGUACGCGCCUGCGCCAAGCCGCCUUCCAACAACGCAAUUCGAGCACGUCAAUCAUCCUUCAAGUCAUUCGUGUUUUCCUGGUUUCGGAGCCGAGUCCCCUCGACCAGAUUUGGCAUCUCCUGAACAAUUGGGGGGUCAGAUACCGUUAUGAUCUCUCUACUUCGACAGCCACGAUGGAUGAAGCCUUUCAUUGAGGAGCCCAGUGAGGUCAACGACGAGACUGUGCCAGAGAAGAAGCAAGGUCUUCCGUGGGUCGCGAUUCUUCUCUUUGUCCUUGCAAUCAUUGGAUUUGUACUGCAGGCUCUGCUCAAGCUCGCAUCGCCUUCUAUACUGUUGGCUAUCGCCGCCUUCCACCUGAUACUAGUCAGGCCGCGAACGGCGUCGAUAUUCCUGCUUCUGAUCUACACUACCCUGUUCGUAUUGCAAGUUUCAACACUUGCCUCCACAUUGGAGCCUGACAUAUGGGAUUCUGGAAUCUACAAUCUUGUUAUUGCCAUUCACGUCAUCAAUAUUAGCAUCUCACUGAUCAGUAUCGCCGCUGUCGUCAAUUUGCCACUUCGAGACCCGUCGCUAUCACGAGAGGGUAUAUGUCAACCUUUUAGUCCUCCGACUGCAGAGCUCAGGUCCCCGGAAGACAGUCUCACUCUCUGGCAAUGGAUGACCGUAUCAUGGAUGUCUUCGCUCAUCUCGGUUGGCAAAACAAGACAGCUGAAUGAGGAUGAUGUUUGGUUUCUCGGAUAUGAAUUCCAGCAUCGUCACCUGCACGACGCAUUCCGUGAGCUCCAUGGAACAGUCGUUAGGCGACUACUACGUGCGAACUGGGUUGAUCUUGCUCUACUCACGGUGCUUGCUAUACUGGAGCUGGCGGCCAAUUACUCUGCGCCCAUACUACUCCAGCAACUACUCAAGGCUAUGGCCAAUCUAAGGUUUGAGAAAAAGCCUGCCAUAUCUUUUGCUGUUCUCAUCCUUGUCGUGAGAUUAGUUGCUGCGCAGAGCGCAGUUUUCAGUCUUUGGUUCGGCAGACGUGCGUACGAGAGGUCUCGAGGAGAGAUGAUCACGAUGCUGUAUGAAAAGACACUCAACAGAAAAAUCGUCGCGACCAUCAAAGACAAGACUGAAAAUCAGAUUGAUGAGACUCAGAACGAGGAUUCCGAUCGUGACAUGCCGUCGAGCGAAGAUGGAGGAGAUGAAAGUUCCAGGCUCCUGAACGGCCACACCAGCAAGACGAACGAGAAACAAUCCUUUUUGUCCAAAAUUCUCAAAAAGACUCGUGCUGGAUUACCCUUUUCAUGUAACAAGAAGUCGACUCCUGUUACCGAGGACAAUGCGCCAGCCUCUAUGGGCAAAAUUCUCAACUUGAUGCGUGGAGACGUCUAUGAGGUAAGCCAACGAUUCUGGGAGUUCCAGACCUUGAUCAACAAACCCCUGGGCAUGAUAUUGUCUUUGUGCUUGGUAUGGAACUUGCUCGGCCCCUCGUGUCUGCUUGGAGUUGCUGUCGUUGUUAUCGCCCAAAUUCUGAAUGGCAUAUUCGCCAGCAUCCUUGUCAAAAAGGAACGUCUUCGUCGCAAGGCUACGGAUGUCAAGCUGCAGCAGGUCUCUGCAUAUGUGGAAGCAAUCCGUCACCUUCGAUGGUAUGGUUGGCAUCCUGUCUGGCUCGAGAGAAUCUUAGAAGCCAGGCAAUCGGAGCUUGAUCUCAAAGUCAUCACUUAUCUUUGGACCAAUGCUAUCAGAUUUGUCAACAUUCUGGGCAGUGGUUUGCUGCCAGUCGCGGCUUUUUACGGGUUUACAGCUCUAGCUGGCCACGAGUUGCGCAUCGACAUUGCCUUUCCUGCUUUGCAACUGUUCAACAUGUUGCAAAGUGACCUGAGAGAGAUACCGGGACUGAUAACAGUACUACUCAACGCGUCGGUUGCUGUGGGUCGUAUUGAGGCCUUCAUGAAGGAACCAAACAAGACCGCAGAUGACAACUCUGCUUCGACAUUUGCCGAUGUUCUUGAGCUAAGGGCUGCCACUUUUGCAUGGCCAGGACUCUCAAAAAAUGUCCUUCAUAACCUCACAAUCUCGUUCCCACCAGGCCUUACCAUAGUGUUUGGCCAGGUUGCAGCAGGCAAGAGUGCUUUGUUGCAGGCCUUACUUGGGGAAUUGGAUCUUCAUGAUGGUGAGCUGAUUAAGCCAGACGCUCCCAUCGGUUACUGUGCUCAGGCGCCGUGGCUUCAAAGUAUGAGUAUCCGUGACAACAUCUUGUUCUCGUCUCCAUACGAUGACGUACGGUAUAAGCAAACUCUCGAAGCCUGUGCUCUGACUGCAGACCUCGCUAAUUUCAAGCAUGGGGACCUGUCUAGUAUUGGAGAGAAUGGCAUAGGUUUGUCGGGAGGACAGAAAGCCAGAGUUGCUCUGGCACGCGCAAUCUACAGCCGCGCUAAGAUUCUUCUUCUCGAUGAUCCUCUGAGCGCACUUGACCAGCAGACUGCCGAGUCCAUCGUCGCCAAGUGUUUUGGAGGUGAUCUUGUCAAAGGUCGAACAGUCGUUUUGGUCACUCAUCGCACAGAUCUGUGUAAGGGCUUGGCUGAACAGCUCGUCGAGAUCACCGACGGAACAGCACAGACAUCGCAGGGAGAUUCGCUGCAUCUGAGCCCAACAAACUCGCACACCGCACAGACUCUUCAGGAUGCAAAAAUGGUCAAGGUUGAUGAAGCACAGGAGUCCGCUGCUGUACCAGACAAGUUCGAGGACGAGGAACACCGUGAGCAUGGAGGAGUCAAGGCUGCAGUAUACUGGCAAUACAUCAAAGCUGGUCGUCUGAAGUGGUGGUUCCUUGUCAUCCUUUCUGCUGCUACAUUCCGUCUUCUAAUGGUAGCCGAGUCGUGGCUCUUUAAGGAAUGGGGAGAAGCAUACAAGGAGGUGGAGCAGGUGUUUAGCCUGCAGAUACUCCAUGCUGACUCUUAUGUCGCCUCUUCGAGUCCAGUCUCCCGUUUAUUUGCCCGAUUUCCGGACCCCGGUGUCAAUGUAUAUCCUUGGCUGAUCGCGUUCUUUGCCCUUAUCAUCGUCGAGUCUCUGGCACUGCUUGUCUCUCAGAUCUUCAUGCUUGUCAUCACGUACACUGCUGGUAAGGGCAUGUUUAAAGAUAUCAUGGACAAGGUCAGUCAUACCACCUUCCACUAUUACGACGUGGUACCCAUUGGACGCUUGAUGAACAGACUGACCUCGGACGUGGCGACUAUCGACGGCAAUAUUUCUGAUCAGUUCUUGCAAGUUGCCUGGCAGGCGAUUGCUUGGGUCACAUCGAUUGCCGUGAUAGCGGGCGUCACGCCUCUGUUCCUUGUCUUUUCCAUUGCAUUGACACUCCUGUUUGUCUUCAUAUUCAUGCAAUUCCUGCCCACUUCCCAGAGCUUGAGACGCCUCGAAAUGGUCUCCCUGAGUCCUCUCAUGUCUAACUUCGGUGCUUUGCUGAAUGGCCUGACGACUGUUCGAGCCUUCUGUGCUCAGUCUCGCUUCCAAGACCGCGUGAUAGCAGUCACUGAUGCUUUCCAAGGCAUGGAUCACUUUUACUGGUCCUUGCAAGCGUGGCUGAUGUAUCGAUUUGACAUUCUGUCGGCAUGCUCGACAUUCAUCUUGACCGUACUGGCGAUCAAUUCUGGACUUUCUCCUGGACUGACUGCUUUUGUACUCGCUUCCGCUAGUAGAUUUGUGGUAGCAGUCCAUGCUUUGUGUAAGCAGUAUGGUCAGCUUCAACUGAACUUCGUAUCCGUGGAGCGCGUUGUAGAGCUCCUGCACCUUGAGCAGGAACCCGCUGGUGAGAUCGAUCCCCCAGCAUACUGGCCAUCUUACGACAGCGACGUUGUCUUCGAAAAGGUCACUAUACGAUAUGCACCCCACCUUGAUCCUGCUCUGUCAGAUGUAUCGUUCACUUUGAAGGGAGGUUCAAACACAGCAGUCAUCGGCCGCACAGGUUCUGGAAAGAGCACCCUAGCUCUGUCUCUUCUCGCAACCAUGACUCCAGGGUCAGGUCGUAUCCUUAUCGGCGGCAUCGAUAUUGCCAAGGUCAACAAGCAAGCUCUGCGUAAUCGCAUAACUUUCCUGGCCCAAGAUCCAGUCCUCUUUCCAGGUUCUUUGCGUCAUAAUCUUGAUCCUACAGAGCAACACGCAGACGACGAGUGCGAGACGGUCAUAGCUCGUGUUUGUGGCAGCUACAACUGGACUUUGCAGACUCAGAUCGACACUGGUGGCAAGAAUCUCAGUCAAGGACAACGUCAACUCGUCGGUCUAGCACGUGCAGUGUUGAGGAGAAGUGCAAUCGUCAUCAUGGACGAGGCAACUGCGAGUAUCGACAAGGACACUGCAUGGGAGAUUCAGCGUGUGUUGAGAGAGGAGAUGAAGCAGAGCACUGUUAUCACGAUUGCUCAUCGCCCUUCAGCUGUCAGAGGUGCAAACUACUGUCUGGCUUUGGGUAAUGGCAAGAUCAUUGAUCAAGGAAGCCCUGAAGACGUGGACGUGGCCCGCAGUACUGUCCCGGACACCAUCUAAGGUGUGCAAAGUAGGAGUGGCCGGCGGAAAACGUUACAUUUCGCUCAAGUAGAGUAGAGUAGAAGAAAGCGAAUGGUUAGAUUGUGCUGUUGACGUUGCUUGCGGGUUACUUGCGGUCUGUAUAUGCAUCGGACGCGUGGAUUUGUUCUCGGUCCUACUCGUAGACGGUGUUAGAACUGCAUGUCAAAAGCUAGGAUGUUUUUAAAGCUCGAAU